AGGUUAAGGUCAUAUUUGGUUUAUAAGUAGUCUUGCUGGUCAGUAGUCUUAAUCAUUUUCACCCUAACAUUAGCAUGAAAAGGAGAGCUCUUUGAUCACCAACAAAUCAGACCAUUUUUAUUAUAAUUAUUGAUACUUUUUUAACUUUUUUCUCUUUUUCACAGAUAGUAUAUUAAGUCUUCUUUAAGAAGUAAACAUUGUAAAUUAGUAAUGCAAGUCCACAUCAGCCGAUGGCUGCCAGUUUUUUAACCUGUGAGACCAAAUAAAUUAGCUCACCCAUUGGUUGACAAGGAACAAGUUACUGGUUCACUGAUUUUGCAGGUCAAAAGUUGGAACCAAAAUGGCUUACAUUUUUUAACAUGAAGAAUGGGAACAACAAGAAGGAAGAGACAAUAACACACGAUACUAUUCAAAAUAACGAGCAAUCACCUGAGGAUAACACAAAAUGGAGAGGAGACUCUGGUGAAACUUCAAAUGGCUGUAGAAAAAUAUUAACAACAAGCAGGGUUACCAAUGCUGUUGCCUUCCACAUUCCCACAGGGAAACCAGUUUGUAGGCCACCACCAAAGCGUUUUUGUGACCAAACCACAGAAAGAGAAAACAUAAGCCUUGAAAGGCUCACAGAGAAACAAAGAAUGGCUGAAAGACGAAAGAGACAACAAGUGGAACAGAGACUUAAAAGAAUCCAUGAUCGACAAGAAGCUGCUCGAAAGCUUGCACACAAUGUUGAACUUCUCCUACAGCAGAAGUCUCUGGUAGAUGCUGGGAGAGGCCCCAGUCAUGACACACCCAAAAUGACAUCUUCUGAACUUCUUGCUACAGCCUGUCAUGUUGUAAAAGAUUUUAGAACUUUGACAUCUCAAAUGACAAAAGAUCUUGCUGUAGAUGACAAAAACAAUAACUUAUCAAAAGAUCAUCCACCACUGGUCAAAUCCAAAGAUCAGAAGGAAAAACAAGCAUGUUUGAAAACUUCAUCUGUUGAUGACACCAACAAGAGCAUUGCAUUUACUGUCGGAUUUGAUGAAGAAAGGCAGCCUCUAUCUCCAGUGCCCAAAGUUUUACAGAAGACACACAGGAAGGACAGAAGUAAACUCACUGCUCAAGAACUAGAUGAAAAGCAGAGAAGGGCCAUGGAAAGACGGAAUAAAAGACAAGAGGAAAGAGUCAAGAGGGUUGUAGCUAACCGUGAAGCUCUGUUCAAGUUGGCCUCUGACCUGGAGACAUUCAUGAUAUGGAACAAUGCUGAAGGAAAUGACUUAAGGACAUGUAAUGAUGGAGAACAAACGCAUCAGGCAGCUCAGUUAGCAAGUGAAAUUGCUGAUAGUUUUGAUAGAUUGAGUCAAAGGUAUUCACGAGAUUUGAAGCAGGCUGAGGGUUUUCCAAGUGGUUUGUGGGGAAUUAAGCAAUAAUUAAUUAGUCUCUGAUCAUGAGUGGACUGAAAAGGUUUCUGUAAAUUGAUUUUUGCUACGGGGUUGUCAGAUUUUGUAAUUGUGUGAAUGACUUCAGACCAAAUUGCACUUAACUCAGUUCAAUUACAAAUAAUUAUAUUAUAUUCUGCUUAACAACUAAGAUCACUAAGAUUUUAGGAUUGAGUUUUGACUGAGGUCAAAUUAACUGACCUUGUAAUAUUCUAAGACAAAACAAAAGUGUGUAGUGAGUGUGCAGUUAAAAUGUUAUUUCCACAUGUUUUCUAAAAGUUUCAUGUAUGCAAAAAUGUUACUGUGAAACUCAAACAACAGUAAACCACAGAAACAUUUAAGUAAUGUUUAUUAUUGUGGAGACUGUGUUGCUUAAUUAUCUCUCUUGGUGUCUAGCUCACUUCAGGAUUGAGUUUUUGACACUAGUCAAAUUAACCAAGCUAAUUUUGUUGAAAAACAAGAGAAGUGAGUAAAGAAACAAGUGAGUAGUGAGUAUUUACUAUAAAAGUUUCAGUCCUACAAGCAUGCAGGAAUGUUCAAUUUAUUUUACAUUACAUUGUUUAAAAUCAUGCUUCCUAUUGACCAUCCAAAGCCUUUUAAGUUUUAUUCCUUUCAGGCCUCUGAUAGAACUAUAUAUUUACCAUCUUAUUUACAAUGUAUACAAUAGGUGUAAAAAUGUGAAUACGAUCUUGCUAAACGUUGAAGUUUUAUACAGUUGAGGAUGAGGUACUGCACACUAUAGUAAUAGGAUUUCUUUAGCCUCUGUGAACUCAAAUUAGUAUUAAUGUUUGAUGUACAUAACGAUCCUCUAAAUCCAUGCACCAAGGUAAAUCACAAGCAACAAAGAACUAGUGUUGAGAAUGACACAAUAAUUUGAUAACUUUAACCUUAAUUGGAAGCUUAGUUCUUCAUAACUGUAUAAAGUACAUUGCCCCCUGUAAGUUGAAAAUUCCCCCCCUCUCAAGUCACUUAAGACAAGUGUUGAAUUUUUCAAAAUAAAAAAUCAA